GGUGCCAGAUUCAGUCACCGGAAGCUCGAAAAGGCUGUCGAAGAUGUUGUGAGAAGUGCUCUGGCUCCGAUGCUUUCAUGGCCGAUCCGAGCGAAAAGAAUCAGUGCAAAGUGAACCCCGAGGUUAACUACGACUACUCCGACUAUCACAUCUGGCAGGCGGCAAGAGCUACGUCUGCUGCUCCAACAUAUUUCAAGCGCAUCAAGAUCGGUACCCAGGAAUACAUUGAUGGCGGAUUCGGUUACAACAAUUCCUCCGCGCCACUCAUGCUAGAAUCCAAACUCGUCUUUGGCAAAGCACGCAAAAUCGGGUGUCUCGUUAGUAUAGGGACUGGCACGCCGCCAAAACCCGACCUUGGGAACGAGAAACGUCCAUUCAAGGCAAUGUUCAAGUUAUUUGACGCGGCUAUCGCUAUCGCCACCAGUAGUGACCGAGCGCAUGACGACAUCACUGGACUCAUUAACGGAGGUUUCCUUCCCAAGGAUGCAUACUAUCGGUUCAAUGUCGAUAUCUCCGCUCUGGAACCACUGAAUGAGGUAGUGCAUGGUCUUGCUGAGGGAAGAAACAAUUCGAAAGUCGAAAAGGUUGUUAAAUUGGACAAGUGGAAGAUGAUGGGUUUCUUGGAACAACAGACGUCUGAGUAUCUCAAGAAAGGCGAUGUUGUAGAACGGCUUAGAGCAUGUGCGAUGAAGCUUGUGCACGUGGAGAAUCCCUGAGGUGUUGGAAGACGCUCUCUAUCGUUAUUAGAUGAAGGUGGUAUCA